AUGCGAGGAGUUGGCACGCCGGUCAAAAGCGCUGCUCUGGCGGUCGUAAAAACCGGGACGACGCCCGGGACGGAGGCGCCCGGGACCCCGGCUGCGCCAAACUUUUCUUCUCAGGCUCCUCUCGCCCCCGCCGCUGACGCCGCCGCGGAGUGGGAAGCCGCGGUCGUCCGCGCGCGGAGAGAGACCGCGGACGCGCGCGAAGCUCUGUCGCGCGCCAACACCGCGCGCGAGGUGGCGGAAGCGCGCGCGAUCGAAGCGGAGGCGACGACCGCGAAGCUCAUGGCGAUGAACGGUAACUUGCUGGAUCACUACCGCGCGGCGUUGGAGGGACGCGGCGACGGCGGCGGCGGCGGCGGCGGCGGCGGCGGCGGCAGCGGCGCGGCGGCGGCGGCGCUCGGGGGACCCGAGCCCCUGCCCGGCCCGGGACCGGGGGCGUCCUCCGCGGAGACGACGACGACGACGACGACGAGGGACGCGGACGCGGACGCGGGCGGUCGUCGUCGACUCGAACUCGCGUCGUCGACGACGGCGUCUCGCGGCGGCGGCGGCGGCGGGGGCGACCCGCGGUCGACGCUCGGGGGGUUUGACGACGGCGGCGGGGCGGUGUAUCAACCGCCGCGGUCGUCGGGCGGACGCCGCGUCGGGGGCGCGUCGGCGCCGCUCGCGCCGCCGCUCCGCGUGCACGCGCCGCAGCAGCAGCGGCGGCCCGCGAGCUCGGUCGCGCCGCCGCUGACGACGACGACGCGGACAGGGUCUUCGCGUCUCUCGAGCGUCUCUCGGGUUUGGAGAGGAGGAGGAGGGAGACUGGUCGCGGCGGCGGCGGCGGCGGCCCCCCCGGCGCGGGGUCGCCUCCCCGGGGCCCGCGCCGGACCGCGCCCGUCGACGUCGAACCGACCGACGACGACGAAGUCCUUAAGGAACGGCGUUCACCACGCGAACGCGGUCGUAUGGGAACCAGUCACGACGACGACGAAGACGAGCGACGUCGCCGCGGACGACGUCGCGAGGUCGUUAGAGCGCGAGAUGCACGCCAUGCGCGCGGAGUACGACGCGCUGUUGCGACGGAUGGGCGGCGGGGACGGCGGGGACGUCGACGUCGCCGCGGCGGCGACGCAUCCGAAGGAAUGGGCCGACGCCGCGACGAGAGCCGCGGUGCUCGCGGAGCGCAUGGAGGCGAAGGGCGCGCAGAUCCUGCAGCUCGCGAGGAGCACCGGGCGGGGGUUGGGGGCGUUAGCGCCGCGGUAG